UCAUCCUUGCACCCUGCGUCUUCUUAUCGCUCUUGAUAGACCCCCGUGUCUAGGUCCUUCUUCUACUGUCGGACAGAGUAAUCUCCCCCGGAUCCUCAGUUGGCACAUAUGCAGUCCGGCUCCAGCAUUUCCCGCGCCCAGCGAAGUCCCUCAGCCCAGCAUUUCCCGUCCGGUUCAGGGAGCAGCGUUGAAUCCGCCAUGACCUCCGCCCCACGCAGCUCCUCGAGCUCGACAAGAUCUCAAUCUUCAAAGGGUAUCGUCCCCGAGAAACAGAUCAACCAGAUUGAGAAGAGUGUCACCCAUCUCUUGGUCGCUACCAAACAACUGCUAGAAACACUAACACAAUGGUCGCGCCGGCAAGCAUCGGAGAAUGAAGUGUCGGACGUCUAUGUCCGGUUAGGCUAUGAGUUCAACCUGGCCUGUCGCGCCUUCAAUGCCAUCGGAGUUGACACCUCAGAUCUUGGCCCCGUACCGGAUCUCCUUCGUACGAUCCUCGAAGAUACCCUUAGCCAAGAUGCGUCCCCUCAAAGUCUCGAACGUUACCUUCCACGAGUGCGCGAUAUUAUCAUCAACCUUCUUCAUGGUCUUAAGAAGAAGCAAGCUCGACUGCGUUCACGGCAACAGAAGGAGGAAAGCAGACCAUUGCCCGGUCGGCAUACAAGUGCAAGUAGUGCAACCUCGGCGCAGGCGGCAUUAAACCAAGCGUACGAGGAGACUGCUUCCACGGUAAACUCGCCGAAGCGAUCGACUCGUCGGUUUGGCAGCAAUGGCUCUAUGGAGGAUCCGGCAGUGGCCCGGCCCUCUUCGACGACACCGGCGGAUGCGCGGGGCGCGAGCUUUUCCGAACGAGAGGCGUCGAGGCGCGAGGCACAAAGCAUCCUGUCCCAAUCAUCUCAACCAGAGACCGGGUCGGCUCCCAAAGGCUCCGCGUCUUUGACCAAUGCGCCUCCCUAUCCCACACCGCCCCCUCCGCCCGCCCCAAAACAGGAUGAUGCUCUCGGUGCUUUGCAGAGAAGCGGGGAACUUGAACGUCGGGCAUCUCGAAGGUUUUCCGCCUAUCAGAUUCAGAAGCAUCUAGGUGCUUCUUCCAGCGGGGUUCCUGUCCUUCCGACUCAGAAUUCUCCGAUUCCUAAUCGAGGGCGCGAUGUUCGUGAGUCCCUGAAUGCUGUGCGUCUACGUGGGUCUGUCCAUGGGCGACAGCGGUCGACAAACAGGCUACAAGACGUUAAGGUCGCUCCGCAGGCGCCCUCAAACGUUCCCAGUAUCGAAGAGGAGCGCCCGAAAUCCCGCGUUGAAUCACCUGCAGAGCUACCAGCAGAGGGUCCCGCUGCUGCGAAGGACAAGCCCGUCGAACGCCCCGAAAGUGGACAGGCAGACACUUCCGCCAUUGGACGGCCCCCUGAUCUUCCUCGUCCUUCCGAAGAACCAUCUCUUGCAGAGGCAUUUGAGCCCAUAAAGGAUACUGCGCCUACUGCAGCUAACCCCCCAGGAACGCCAAAGUCUGAACGGCAACAGCCUACUGCCGUUACUUCAACCCCUCCGCGAUCGUCUCAGUAUUCCCCUGAGCAACAGUCUCCGGGCAAGGAGCUCACCCUGUUUCUGCAAUACAGGAGCAAGAUCAAGAAGUACGUUCUUCCAGAAGGCUGUGCUGGUCUAACUAUCGGACGACUUCAACUGGCUUUUAUUGAAAAAUUCGCCUGGAACACACACAACAACGGGGUUGAUCUGCCGGAAAUUUACAUCCAAGACCCGGUAUCCGGGGUUCGGCAUGAAUUGGAGGAUUUGAAUGACGUUAAAGAUCGAGCUGUAUUGGUGCUCAAUGUUGAUAUCCUCGAUGAGGUCAAGAGGCAUUUCGACGAUGAAUUUGGUGGAGUCCGUCGCAUGAUCGAAGGGGUCAAAGGUGCUCUCGAAGGCCAGGAAAGUAUGAUGCAGCGUGUCUCAGAACGUCAACUCGAAGCAGCGAAAGAGAUGGCCCGUCUGGCUGCUGCGCCCCCUGCGCCCGUCACGGCUGCCUCCAAGACCGGGGAAAGCCCGAAGGCUCCGAUCGCGGGAAGCCAAAGUCAGAUCGCAGAGCUCCAGAGCUUGCGGCGUGACCUGGCAGUACUACGGCAGACGUAUUCGAAUUUCUCCGCGGAUAUUGCAAGCUCGAUGAGCGCGAUCCGCACCAAGGCGGGCGGACUGAAGACUGCGGCGGCAGAUGUCGCCGUCCCGUCGAUUGAAGGCGAUGCGGGCCGUGUGCGCGUCAAUUCCGGGAAGAAGGAGCUUGCUGAGGAAUCCGAACGUCUUGUGGCGCGCGUCGAUGACCUCCAGGAUCUGGUUGAGGACCUCCGCAAAGACGUGGUAAGCCGCGGUGUUCGACCCCUGCCCCGGCAGCUGGAGACCGUGAGCAAGGAUAUCAGUGCCGUUACCAAGGAGAUCAAGAAGAUGCAGGACUUCCUCAAGCGAGAGAAACCCAUUUGGACGAAGAUUUGGGAGAAAGAACUUCAGCAGGUUUGCGAGGAGCGUGACCAGCUUACUAUGCAAGAAGAUCUCGCAGCCGAUCUCCAGGAUGAUCUGGAGAAAGCUGCCCAGACCUUUGCCCUGGUCGAGCAAGCCACAAAGCAGCAGGCGAUGCAGAACAACACCGGUGCUCCCGCGCUGCGUCACACCUCGCGCAACGUAGUGAUUGAUCCGGCCGUUGACCCUAUGAAAGCUAAAGACAGCGUUCUCGGUGAGGUGCGCGCUUUGCAGCCCAACCAUGAGUCUCGAUUGGAGGCAAUUGAGCGGGCCGAGAAAGCACGUCAGAAGGAGCUGGAGACUCGCCGGGUCGGGCUCUUCCAGAAGGAGCUCGGGGCUUUCGUCGAGGAGGGCAAGCUGAAGAAGAGUGGCGGCGUGGAAGAAGCCGAACGGCUCCGCCGGACCAAGGAUGACCGCAUUCGCAGGGAGGUCUGGGAGAGACAACAGGCUCGAGCUGCUGAGAUGGAGAAGGAGGAGGCAGAAGCAGCAGCAGCGCAAGCGGAGCAGGCUGAGUCGACCGAAGAUGCAGAGACCGCCGAUGCCGAGCCCAGUGCAGACGCCAGUGAAGAGGCAGAGACCGAGAAGGAUGAAGGGGGACAGGAAGAGGAGGUAAUCAUGGUCAAAGGGAAGUCUCCAGUCCCUGACGACCAGGAUGAGGAGGAGACGGAGGAAGAGAAGAGAGAAACGUUUCUAGAUGCGGAGAACGAGGAAAGUGGCAAAGAAGCCACCGAGGAUGAACAUAAACCGGGCCCUGAACGAUAGGGAUACGCACCCGUUGGCCAUCCAGCGGUCAACAUUGCCAGUGUGAUGCUC